GCAACAGCAAAAGCUGUAUACAUUUAAGAAAGUAAAUGGCUCUUCAAUGGAACAUGUCCGUCGUCGAAAUCUGAGUCGGUGAUCAGGGAUAAAGGAAUAAUUUCUACCAUCUACAGUUUUCCCUUUGUUUUGUUCGUUUCGAACCGACUAUCUAAAGAACUAUGAUUCAUUAACUUCAUCAACUGCAAAAACUUUUAUUCAGUUUCUAUAGGUAGGUUAACCAUUUAAAAUCUGCACACAUGCUUUUAAACGAAACAGUGAAUGGCCUACAUGUCUUCUUUCCAAAUGAAAAGCCCUCCGUCUGAUGGUGAGAUUCUUGAUGAUUGGGAACAGAUGGCUGAUUCUGGUCUUCUUGAUAAAAAACUUCAAAGUUUGAAGACCAGAAUACCAGAAGAAGUGAGGAAUCCUGAUGAAAUUCAACAGCAAACUCACUUUUUGUUCAAUGGAGAUGGUAGUGUGAAACCUAAUGUUCUUGGACCGCCUCCUCAGAUUAAAAUUCUUAAGCGACCUCAGCAUAAUGGAUCAGCUCAUGCUCACCAACAGGGUGCUUUUGCUUCAUCGAAUGGCCAAGCUAAACCCAAGCCCCUGGUUAAAACACUCCAACAGAAAGAAGCAGAGUAUGCUGAAGCACGACUACGAAUUCUAGGCGAAGCUGCUCCAGCCAACAUACCUUUGCCAGACCUUGGUAUAAGUAAAUUACAAAAUCGAAUGGAAAAUCUACGAACAGAGGAAUCUUGUCUCGUCCGCCUGCCAAAGGGUCCUGACGGAACAAGAGGUUUCAACCAACAAAAUUAAGACUUCCUUUUGCUUUACUUAAACUGCGACACCUUUUCUUUAAUUUUAAAUCUAUAAUUUCUCCCACUCUGUUUUCUUUCCACAAAUUGUUUUUCCUUUUUUUUUCUUGAGGGGGGCGUGUGCGUGUACAGUACAACUACUGAGCUAUUAAUCAGUCAA